AAAAACAAUGUACACAUACAAAUAAUUUCAACGUAAGGUGAAUACAUUAAGGAGUCACUUCUCUUGACAAAUAAUAUUAUUGACUCACCCUGUAUAUGGAUAAAGGAAAAUAGAGGGGAGAGUUCGUAUGCACGUAGUACGAAUGCAUCGGGAACUCGGGAGAGAAUGAGAGAAAGAGACGGUGAGAGAGAAGGUGGCGGAUAGAGCGAGAACGUGGUGGGGAUCCUCAGAGUUAGAGCGGGGAGAGAAGAAAGAGAGGGGGGCAGGAAACGGUUCGGAGGGACUAUGUAAGAUGCGAGGGGAUACGAAUGACCAACGACGUCCCUAUCCAGACCCUGAGUGUCCGGUUCGACGCCGUGCCGCGUGGAACGACUUACGUUUCUUCGUGUCUUUCUUCUUCAUCUUCUUCGUCCUCGUCCUCUUCGUGUUCUCCAUUAAAUAAAUCGCAAUCGCAUAUCUAACAAUUUUGAGAAUAAUAUCUGAUAUCAGAACGAUGAAGUUCUUUCUCGAUUUGUCGUUUCUUAUCUAACGUCAAACUUUAUAUAUACAUAUAUGUGUGUGUGUGUACAUUGUAUAUAUGUAUAUAUCUAUUAUCACUUCGAUUUAACUAAAAUCCAAGAAAUUAUUGGCGAUGCUGUUGAGAUCAACAAAUUCUUCUUUUGUGUUAGUUUCGAUCAGAAACGAGACACGUUGGACCGAUCAUCGUUGUAUAGUACUGUUACUACUACUACUCCUACUACUACUAACUACGGUCCAGUUAAAUAUCAACGUCGCGUUUAGCACGAGUGCUUUGGGUGAAAGUGGGUAGCCGGUGUAGUUCGCGGAAUACUCUCGAUUGUAUUUGCGAUCGUAUUUCCAGUUGGAGACGGCUAACAUAUGUGUAAUAAUAUCCAGGAAGGAAGAGUGUCAUUUUCGGGAGAACGAUUCAUGUCAAAGUCACGAUGAUGAGAAUUUAACUAUCGAUGAUGUGUUCGAUGUGAAAUAUUUCAGUGAAUAUAUUAUGAUAAGUGGAAAAUGAUGUUAUUCAGAAAAUAACGGUGGACAUUAGACGCAAUCCAGACACAACGGUCGAACGUUCGUUGAGUUCUAUGAUCCUUUUCAAACCGUGAGGGAAAAGAGAAAAAAAGAAAAAGAUGGAAGAGACUACGACUACGUCUUCGAUUCUUUUGAUGGCAAAAAUCGGUGCCAUGAUCGGUCUUGGAUUCGGAUCGCUUAUAUUGGGUAUGUUACCUCUGAUGGUUGGACGAUGCAGGACGAAAUUUCGUCAGAAACGAUGUCACGGCAUCUCCAAUAACUCAAGUAACUCAACUUCGACUUCAACUUCGGCAUCGCAAACGUCCUCCUCUUUCGUCGAUAACGCAGCGAAUUCGCAAGGUCUUUUGACGUCACUGUUACUCUGCUUCGGAGGAGGAGUCCUUCUUUUCACAACGUUCCUACACCUAGCUCCGGAGGUACGGCUCAGCGUCGAGAGACAUCAAUCGAAUGGACAACUACCAACAUUGGGAACUCUAAGUUUAUCGGAGUUACUCUUCUGUGGAGGAUUCUUUCUGGUUUAUUUGGUCGAGGAAGCUGUACAUGCGGCGUUAACAGGGAAACCAGAAUCAUCGGAAGCUUUACUUUACAGGACAGUAUCAGUACGUCGUUGUAACAAUCAAAAUGGUGUAACAACGUCUGCGACGAGUGGUUCAACGACGACUGUAUCAACAACGACUAGAUCAUCCACUUGGAAAGACGAUACCGAAGAAUUGAGACAAGAUGAUGAAAAAUUAAAUCGACGAUCGAGACAACAUCGAUUGGAAGAUAUGUGUGGUGUUAAGGAUGACAAAGUAUUGCCAGCCAUAUUUGUACUUUCAUCAUCAGCUGGAUUAUCAGCACAGAUCGGAGAUCAAGGAGACAAUAUUAUCAGGCAGCAUCAAUCGGAUCCUGAAUUAGUUGCAUAUACAUCGCGUGAACAUCACGAACAUAAACACUCGAUCGUAACGAAAAAGACAUCUGUUCAAGGUUUAUUAACCGUUUUGGCAUUAUCCUUUCACGCCAUCUUCGAAGGACUUGCCGUAGGCUUAGAACCUUCCUUGGGUUCUGUUGUUUACCUUGCUGCUGCGAUUGCCACUCAUAAAUUGGUGAUAUCCUUUUGCGUUGGUAUGGAACUUUAUGUUGCCGGUGCAUCAACCAGGACGACCUUGGGAUACUUAACAGUUUUCUCAAUGGUAACGCCGAUCGGUAUCGCAGUUGGAUUAGCUCUUGGUCAUUUCAAAAAUGAUAGUGAUACUCUCGGUCCAACGCCAACCAUACUUCAAGGAAUGGCAGCUGGAACUUUACUCUACGUUGUAUUUUUCGAAGUUUUGGCACGAGAAAGAGCCAACGAGAAGAGUGGUCUUCUACAAUUGCUCGCUAUUAUUGUUGGAUUUAUGCUGAUGCUGGGUCUACAGAUUGCUACCGCCCAUUCGCAUUCGCAUUCGCAUUCGCAUUCUCACUCACACUUGCACGAAUCCUCGCAUUCGCACUCUCACGAACACGAGGAUGAAAACGAGAAUGAAGAUAUUAUUCACGAGCAAGGACUUGGAAGGAAAUCGAAGCAUUCGCACCAGACGAGCACGGAAAGGGUUGUAGGUGAUGCCAUUGAAAGGGUCACGCAAAAUAUCGUCGAUGUACUUUCGAAAAGUUUAGCCUCCUCUACGAGUCCUCAAACGCAGCACGAGCAUUUACACGAAAACCAUACUUUACACGAUACCAGAGAUACUUUAAUAUCAUCAACGAAUCGUACGAUAUGAAUGUAUACACAUAUAUACGUUUAAUUGAAGGAAAAUAAAAUCUCUCGAUGUCUUCGAUCGAUUAUUCCGAGAAGAAUCAUCAUCAUCGUUAUACAAAGGAUCAUUGAAGACCGUUGAAGAAUUUUUUAUGAAGAUUCAUAAAACUCGUUGAGGACUAAGAUAAAUACGUAUGUAUAUAUAUAUAUAUAUAUGUGUAUAUGUAUGUAUGUGUAUAUAUAUGUGUGUGUUCAUAUGAAGGAAACAUGAAGAAAAAAGUGCUCGAAGAAGUUUCUUACCAAUAUUGGAAGUUCGAUUAACAGACGAUUUUUCUAUCAAUAGGCCGAUAAUAAUACUCCUUUUUCGAGCCAACACAUAACUCCACCAUCCUAGUCUCUCAUGGAUUUUGAAUUAUUCACAUGAGUAAUAUAAUACAAAAGUUGAACAUUUUCGGAAUAAUUAAUAUUUUAUUUGAUUAACUCUAAAAAAGUAUGAUCGUAAUUUCGUACGUUAACUUCGAAUGCGUUUUACUAACUCAUCGAAUCUGUCGGUAAUUUAUCGGUUGGUAACGCGUUAAGUGCGUUUUAUGUUGCAUAUUAUGAAAAUUUAUAGAAAUCAUCACUAAUGCUCGAUUAAUACGGGUAUAUGUAUAAUAUGGACCACAUUGCAUUGGUAGUAAAAUAUAUAAAAAAAAAAAAUAUCAAUUUUUUUAAACGUGUACGUAAUGUACAGAGAAUUUGUAAAAUAAGAAUAUGUAAGAUAUGUAGAAAUCAUCUUUAAGAUUAAAAAUGGCGGGCUAUUCAAACGACUUUCGUAUGCCUUUUGUAAUAAAAUAAACUACACGAUAAUGAAUGGACAGAGUUUUAAGCUGUCAUAGAUAUACCUCUCGUUUUUUAUAAAAUUAAAAAAGAUAAAGUUUUAAUUAAAUUUUUCUUCUUUUUUUUUUCUAUUGUAUAAAAUUUUAUAUAUGUAAUAACAAUAACCGCGGAAUAUCGCUGUAUAGUGAUGACAUACGAAUCACUUAACUUAAACAAUCAUGAUUCGAGUCAAUUAUAUUAUUCACGUACUUCUUCAGCACUCAUCCUUGCAUUUUGAUUAUUUAUUGUCAUUUAUUUUUAUUGCAACCUAACGUGCACGAGAUUCGUAUAACACUGACUAAUUUUAGUCGAAAUACACGUUGAGUGUCUUACUGAUGUGUUGCAUAUUCAUUACAUUAUUAUUAGUGAGAGUAUUAGAUGAUUAUGUUUAUCUAUUUCAUAGCAUAUUGACAAAUAUACCAUAAAACCUCUACCGCCUACAA